AUGGGUCAGGACUCUCGUUUUCUGAUCCGCUCAGUCAGUGAAGUAGGAGGGUCCAGGCUCCAGCUUGUAAUAAACUCAUGCAAGGCACCACCAUCAUAUCCUAAUGUUUUUAACUGCCAUUUCCCCCAAAACUGCUCUAUACUUUCCAUUUAUCUUGAAAUUCUGAGGUGCUCUGGGAUUUGGAUUCCAGCUGUGCGUGUUAGCGGCGGAGAAAAUCGGAAACCCCAGCGUCCCAGUUGUAUAAAAAUUAUCCGGGAGUCGCGGCUUCACUCCCAAGCUCCACCAAUCACCGAGGAGAGCUGGGGUCACCCGGACUGCUUCCGGGGUCACCAGGGGCGCGGGAGGCGGGCCACCCUGCGCACCGCUGGGGAUGACACCUCUCCGCCUGCGCCCGGCGCUUGCGUCCGGGCUCCACUCCGCAUUCCCAGACGCACGGAGGCCGAGAGGAUUCUGGGGGCCACGCCCGUUGUGCAGUGUCAGCAGCCCGCAUCCAGGCAGCGGCAGAGCCGUGCCUAUGAUUAUACGGUACCGCCUAUGGAAAAAGCUCUUGUGAAAACGGACAUUCAGAUCGCUCUUCCCUCUGGAUGCUAUGGAAGAGUAGCUCCGCGUUCUGGCUUGGCUGCCAAACACUUCAUAGAUGUUGGAGCUGGAGUCAUAGAUGAAGAUUAUAGAGGAAAUGUUGGCGUUGUCCUGUUUAAUUUUGGCAAAGAGAAAUUUGAAGUAAAAAAAGGUGAUCGAAUUGCGCAGCUCAUUUGUGAACGGAUUUAUUACCCAGAAAUAGAAGAAGUUCAAGGAUUGGACAAUACCGAGAGGGGUUCCGGAGGCUUUGGGUCCACUGGGAAGAAUUAAUUAAAAUUUAGGCUAAAAAUGAGAAAAUGCCUUUUUUCUUAAAAAUAUACUUUCUGUCUAAAAUGUUUUGUAUAUCUGUAAGCUUAAAAUUUUUAAUUUGCUAUGGUAAAGGAAAAUAUCUGUUAGUAUUGCUUUGAGACUUUCUUGUGUUAUCUGCAGUUGAAAGUUGUAUGUAAAUCUGAUUUGUGGUCACCUAAUACAAACUUAAAAGUCAAGUGUAUAUCAGUUACAGAUUUUUAAAUAACUAUAUCUCAGUAAACAUUCUUUCAACGUGUUGCCUUCAUAAAUCAUAAAUUUAGUACACUUGAAUUCUUUUACAGAUAGAAAUGACAUACACUGAACUAAAGAAGUAUCAACAGAAGAGAUAGUUAUUCCUUGUGGGAUUUUUGCUGAGGUAUUUUUUAAUAUUAAGAUUAUGCGAGGAUAAGGGCAUUCUGGUCAUUUACCGUUUUUCCCCAUAAUGUUUUGGUACACCUUGAGUUACUGGAGUAGUGCUGUUUGUAGAAGGAAUUGUAACGCAGUUUCCACUAGAUUUGUUGGUCAGAAUUUCGUCUCAAAAGGCAUAUUGUACAAGGUAUGUUUAUCUGAGUUUCUCUCACUGAAGUAGCCUUGUUAGGUCAUGUCCAAGAAAAUAGGCAGUUUAAUAGGAAUAAAAUUAAUGUAUUGAUGUUUAUAUACUGGAGCCUUGGGUCUUUCUGUCCCAAGCACAUAGCUUGAAUAAAUACGUAUCAGUACCAUUGUGCUGCAGAAA